GGCUGGGAGAGGCAUGUUGGAGGAUAUCAGUGGAAGAUGGAGGUGAGGACAUGCUCAGUACUUUCAGAAGGAUCCGUGCUGGGUGCUGCACCUGGAACCAUGAGCGAGGCCCGCAGGGACAGCACGAGCAGCCUGCAGCGCAAGAAGCCACCCUGGCUGAAGCUGGACAUCCCAGUUGUGGUGCCCCCGGUGGCAGAGGAACCCAGCUUCCUGCAGCCCCUGAGACGCCAGGCUUUCUUGCGGAGUGUGAGCAUGCCGGCUGAGACAGCCCACGUCCCUUCGCCUUACCAUGAGCCCCGCCGGCCGGCGCUGCAGCGCCAGACAUCCAUCACACAGACCAUCCGCAGCCGACAGGUGCGCUUUGGGCGUGUCCACACUCUGCCCCUCUUGGGUUCCCCUGCUGCCCGCAGGGCCCUCCCACAGCGCCGGUCUCUCUCUCGGUCCCUGCUCAGGGGCACAGCUGACUGGUUUGGAGUGAGCAAGGACAGUGACAGCACCCAAAAGUGGCAGCGCAAGAGCAUCCGUCACUGCAGCCAGCGCUAUGGGAAGCUGAAGCCGCAGGUCAUCCGGGAGCUAGACCUACCUAGCCAGGACAAUGUGUCGCUGACCAGCACUGAGACACCUCCUCCGCUGUAUGUUGGGCCAUGCCAGCUGGGCAUGCAAAAGAUCAUAGACCCCCUGGCCCGGGGCCGGGCCUUCCGCAUGGCGGAUGACACCGCCGAUGGCCUGAGUACCCCGCACACGCCCGUCACUCCCGGUGCUGCCUCCCUCUGCUCCUUCUCCAGCUCCCGCUCGGGUUUCAACCGGCUUCCACGGAGACGCAAGCGCGAGUCUGUGGCCAAGAUGAGCUUCCGGGCGGCCGCAGCGCUGGUGAAGGGUCGCUCGGUUAGAGAUGGCACAUUGCGCCGGGUGCAGCGCCGAAGUUUCACUCCCGCCAGCUUCCUGGAGGAGGACACGGCUGACUUCCCCGACGAGCUGGACACCUCCUUCUUUGCCCGGGAAGGUGUCCUUCACGAGGAGCUGUCCACGUACCCCGACGAGGUAUUCGAGUCCCCGUCGGAGGCAGCGCUCAAGGACUGGGAGAAAGCCCCGGACCAGGCUGACCUCACGGGAGGGGCCCUGGACCGCACAGAGCUGGAGCGCAGCCACCUGAUGCUGCCCCUGGAACGCGGCUGGCGGAAGCAGAAGGAGGGUGGCCCGGUGGCCCCGCAGCCCAAGGUGCGGCUGCGUCAGGAGGUGGUGAGCACCGUGGGGCAGCGGCGGGGCCAGCGCAUCGCAGUGCCCGUGCGCAAGUUCUUCGCCAGGGAGAAGAGGCCUUACGGGCUGGGCAUGGUGGGCCGGCUAACCAACCGCACCUACCGCAAGCGCAUCGACAGCUAUGUCAAACGCCAGAUUGAGGACAUGGAUGACCACAGGCCCUUCUUCACCUACUGGCUCACCUUCGUGCACUCACUCGUCACCAUUCUAGCAGUGUGCAUCUAUGGCAUCGCACCUGUGGGCUUCUCACAGCACGAGACGGUGGACUCGGUGCUGCGGAAUCGCGGGGUCUAUGAGAAUGUCAAGUAUGUGCAGCAGGAGAACUUCUGGAUCGGGCCCAGCUCGGAGGCUCUCAUUCACCUGGGUGCCAAGUUCUCCCCCUGCAUGCGCCAGGAUCCGCAGGUGCAUAGUUUCAUCCGGGCGGCGCGGGAGCGGGAGAAGCACUCGGCCUGCUGUGUGCGCAACGACCGGUCGGGCUGCGUGCAGACUUCGGAGGAGGAGUGCUCGUCCACCCUGGCAGUGUGGGUGAAGUGGCCUUUGCAUCCCAGCGCCCCAGACCUUGCUGGCCACAAGAGGCAGUUCGGUUCUGUCUGUCACCAGGACCCCAGGGUGUGUGAUGAGCCCUCCUCUGAGGACCCCCAUGAGUGGCCAGAUGACAUCACCAAGUGGCCGAUCUGUACCAAAAACAGCGCUGGGAACCACACCAACCACCCCCACAUGGACUGUGUCAUCACAGGCCGACCCUGCUGCAUCGGCACCAAGGGCAGGUGUGAGAUCACCUCCCGGGAGUACUGUGACUUCAUGAGGGGCUACUUCCACGAGGAGGCCACACUCUGCUCUCAGGUGCACUGCAUGGAUGACGUGUGCGGGCUCCUGCCCUUCCUCAACCCCGAGGUGCCUGACCAGUUCUACCGCCUGUGGCUGUCCCUCUUCUUGCACGCUGGCAUCCUGCACUGCCUGGUGUCGGUCUGCUUCCAGAUGACUGUCCUUCGAGACCUGGAGAAGCUAGCAGGCUGGCACCGCAUAGCCAUCAUCUACUUGUUGAGUGGUGUCACCGGUAACCUAGCCAGUGCCAUUUUCCUGCCAUACCGGGCAGAGGUGGGCCCAGCCGGCUCGCAGUUCGGCAUCCUGGCAUGCCUCUUCGUGGAGCUCUUCCAGAGCUGGCAGAUCCUGGCUCGGCCCUGGCGCGCCUUCUUCAAGCUGCUGGCGGUGGUCCUCUUCCUCUUCACCUUCGGCCUGCUGCCCUGGAUCGACAACUUUGCCCACAUCUCCGGCUUCGUCAGCGGCCUCUUCCUGUCCUUUGCCUUCCUGCCCUACAUCAGCUUCGGCAGGUUCGACUUGUACCGUAAACGCUGCCAGAUCAUCGUCUUCCAGGUGGUCUUCCUGGGCCUCCUGGCUGGCCUGGUGGUCCUCUUCUACUUCUACCCCGUGCGCUGCGAGUGGUGCGAGUUCCUCACCUGCAUCCCCUUCACUGACAAGUUCUGUGAGAAGUACGAGCUGGACGCCCAGCUCCACUGA